CCAUUUGGAUGCUCUUGCUAGUUAGGUUUCAACUCACUGAAGGGGAUAAAAUUUCUCAUUUUUCCAUUGAAAAGCCUAAACAUGAUUUUUUCAAACUCCUAUUAUUGGUCUUGGAUCCCAUCCACGUCCGUCUCUUUCUGCCACGAUAAGAGAUAUUUGCUUGUAACUGCAUAUGAAACAAAUGUUUAUUUUAUUAUUUCUUUUGAACUCUCUCUUUGUUUGAUAUGAAUGUGAAAAUUUGAUGCUAAUGAAAUGGUUAAAGUUAAAUUUAUUUUAUAUUGAAAAAGUCUAUUUGCACACGGGGUUGGGGACCUCUCGCGUACACGUCCAUCUACUAUAAUGAAACGCGUUUAGCUCAUCUUCUUCUUUGCAUCUCCUUCAUAUCAUCUUGUCUGUGUUCAAGCAAGGAAAGAGAGCAUGUGUGCUCUCUAACCCGAAGCCUUGCUACACGUUGAUCUCUGCCAUGCCAACCCAGACCACCUCCUUCACGUCCAACCCGUCUACGUUCAACCAACGCCGAAAGAUCAACCAUCACCAUUUCUCUCAUAACCAAAACAAACAAUUUCCACACCGUGACCCGUUCACGCCGCUCCUUGUAUGUUAUAACCCCACCUCCAUCACAACUCCUCACGUUAACAAGGUUAAAGGAAGCAACCACCCACGCACAAUGGCAUUGUCACCACGCAGGAAACCACUCAACUACACGCCGCUACCAACUCGUAGUUUAGCCACCCUCUCCAUUCAUCAUACCGGCUUCACAGCAAGAUCACUUUCAGCUCAUCACCAUGGACAAAAUCAGUGCAUCAUCGUCGCCACGUUUAACACGGGUCUAGCCGAAACAACUCCAUCAUGUCCUCUGUUUUAAGAAUUGAAAACAGAGCAAGGAGGAGCAGUGCAAGCCACCGAGAGCAACCUCCACGUCGUGACCCCACUACCCAAAGUCUCCCCAUUUUCCACCCUCAACCAUGCGCAGCUCCGUAAGCUUCAGCUGCUCUCUCUAUCUCUCUCUCUCUCUCUCUCUCUCUCUCUCUCUCUCUCUCUCUCUCUCUCUCUCUCUCUCUCUCUCUCUCUCUCUCUCUCUCUCUCUCUCUCUCUCUCUCUCUCUCCAUUUUCAACAGUCCAGCUACGCCGAGUGGUCUACACCGUGAGCAACCCAGCUCGUCGCUAGUUGCCUCUGAUCUGCUCUGUGCCAAAGUCUUCUGCGAAUGAGUGCACAGCCUGGACUGCCAAGUGGUCUACACCGUGAGCAACCCAGCUCGUCGCUAGUUGCCUCUGAUCUGCUCUGUGCCAAAGUCUUCUACGAGUGAGUGCCCAGCCGCAUGGAACUUUGGUCUUUUGCUCCGUGCCAACGUCUUCCUCGUAUAGUUUGUUUUAACAGGAUGAAGUUAUAUCUUAGAAGCAUAACUUUUUGAUUUUAGUUUCCCUCUUUCAUUUCGUGUUUUCGCCUCUUUUUUAAUUUUAUUUUUAUUUUUAUUGUUUUUAAUAAUAUCAGCAGCCGAUUCCGCAAAAGGUACCCAACAGCGAGUACCUGUAGCAAAACUGUUUUAUAUUAGUAGUUCUAUACACAGUCGCCAGAUGUAAUUAGGAUGCAGUCGGUUGACGUGGCGUUACGCCACGUCAGCCUCUAUUUAAAAAAAAAUGAAAAAUGAAAUACAAAAUACGAAAUACAAAUGAAAACCAAAACCGGUGCAGAUUGAAAGCAUUUUCGAAAAGAGUGAUUUCCCGCUUUUUCCAUUCGCGAGCCCCCCAGAACUGAAAGGAGGAAGACUACCUCGUCGUGGGUGCAGAGAACUGUUGCCGUUGGGUGGGUUGAUUUCGGGCUGGUCCGAUCUACGUUGGAGUGGGUCAAAGGCCGACCGUUAUUUGGAUCAGGUUGGUUUCAGUUGAGAUUGGGUCAGAUCCGCGAGCCAUCUGCUUGGAUCCGGUUCGUGGGCCAUCAUCUCGGGUUAGCUUCGUGGGCCAUCAACUCGGGUCAGAUUUACAGGCUAGCAGUUCAACCCAACAUCUCGGGUUAGGGAAGUAGGUGGUCAGUUUCGUGGGUCAGCACCACCACGACCAGGUUUUGGUUCUGAGAUGGAUCUAUAUCUGCAUGCUUCAAAAAACCUGAAACAGAUUUUCAUAAUUUGUUUGAUAUAUAUGUGGCUCUGUUUUGUGGGAUUUGAAUGAACAUGGUAAAUAUAUAUUGUUGAACGUGAAUCCAUAGAGGACUUUGAAAAUGUUGCAUACAAAUGUGGUUUGGUUUUGCUCGGGUUUGUGUCGUGUAGGAGGCCAAUGUAAAGUAAAUAAAUUGACUGCAAUGUGUAGGAAGUAGACUUAAUGAUACAUAAUAUCAUUAAUGGAAGACUUUCAAUGAUAUUUGUUUAUGAUGACUGAAUAGAGAAGAUGACAAAGCGACGUUGGCUUUUCCUCCAUAUUUGUUGGUGAUUUAUUUUUGUUUUAUAAAUACAAAAACUGUGGCUGGUAACAACAUUUCCUGGCAUGAUCAAGAGAUAUUGAAUAUGGAUGAGUCUUAGGCAAGCUAAAUUGGCUCAUGGAUUUUAAAUAAGUAAAAAAUCCAUUUAAAUACAUUAAUUCCAUUUGGUAUAUUGAAUUUGAUUGGAUGAAAUCUAAUAACGUAUACCCUUCUAAAAAGGUUAGGAAUUCACAUAAUUUUCACCUCACUAGCUUCGAAUAUUUUAAAUGGAAAAAAAGGUUGUGGGUUUCUUAAUUACAUACAUAAUUUUGUUUAAUUUUAGUUAGAGCCGAUAAUAUUGGUUUGAUGUUGUUUUUUACGUUGGUUGAUGACUACAAAAUGUAAAUGUGUGAUUCAAGUACAAAACAGUGGGUUUAAUAUUCGGUUAAUGAUGGCUUUAAUAUUUGGUUAAUGAUUUGAAUAUAUAUAAAUUUUUUUCAUGAAAUCUUUGCACCAUUUUUUAUUGGCACUUUUCUGUUGGAUAUGAUUUGGUUUAAUGAUCUUGUUAUGCAACUACUUGGUUAAAGGAGUCCACUUGUUACUUUUUUUACUUGUUGAACGCCAUAAGAGAAGAAAUUUUUGAAUGGAAAGCAAUGCAGAUAUUUUAUCAACCAAGAUAUAGCUUAUUUCAUAGGAAAGUUACUAAUUCCUCAUCGUUUACUUCUACUACCUAAAUUAUAAACUAUUAGCUUCAAUAUGUAGAUUUCAUUACCUCAAAAGUGGGCUGAAUACAUCAAUUUGAGGUAAUGAGUUUAAUGAGUUUCUAUUGUGGUGAAGCUUACAUACAAAAUUUUUAUUUAUUUGGUAGUGCCAUAAAAUGAUACGAGAUUUAUUAUUUUGUUAUGGUCAAUUUUGGUUUUUUUAAUUUAGUAUGCCAUUACCAAGUGUUUUUUCAACAUGUGGAGAAAAAGUUAACAACUUUUACAGGGCAUGGGAGAAGGGAAAGAACAUGCAUUUGAUAGACCAGAAGAACGGGAAACUGAAGAUGGCAGUCCAGGUGAACUGGAAAUCGACGAUUGCACUCCAGGUACAUCACACGUAGUGCCAUCGUCGAAAGGUGAUGAUAUGAUUGAGGAGUCAAAGUCGGGCAUGGAGUUCAAUUCGUUUGAAGAUUUGUUUAGCUAUUAUAAGCAGUAUGCCAAGAAAUGCGAGUUUGGGGUGAUGACACAAAGGAGUGAGAGGUCAGAGGAUCAAAGUGUCAGAUAUGUUACUCUUGGUUGUGGGGAGGGAAGGCACAGAUUAAGACAUCCAAUGUUGCCAACCCACGUCCGACAGGAAAGACAGACUGCAAGGCAAGGAUAAAUGUGUUGAGAGUCGAUGGAAAGAUGCGGUUGACAACAGUCAAUAAUUCACAUAAUCAUCUUAUCAACCCACAGAAAUCUCGCUUCUAUCAAUGUAACAGAGAAGUGAGUAAGACAGUUAAAAGAGUCCUUGACACCAACGACUUAGCUGGUAUCCAACUGAACAAUAGUUACGGAUCUCUUGUAGUUGGCGCAAGUGGCUUUGAGAACCUGCCAUUUCUGGAAAAGGAUUGUGGCAAUUACAUUGACAAAACCCGUCAUCUACGACUUGGUGCAGGUGGUGCUGGAGCACUUCGUGAUUAUUUCUUAAGGAUGCAGUACAAGAAUAACGGAUUUUUUGCAUUGAUGGAUUUAGAUGAUGACGGGAGGUUAAAAAAUGUUUUUUGGGCAGAUCCACGUAGUUGGACAGCCUAUAAGUAUUUUGGUGAUGUCGUGACAUUCGACACCGCAUACCUGACUAAUAGGUAUGGGAUGCCCUUUGCACCAUUUGUUGGUGUAAACCACCACGGGCAAUCGAUUCUUUUGGGAGCUGGGUUGAUUUCCAGUGAGGACACAGAGACCCUUACAUGGCUAUUCCAAACCUGGUUGCAAUGUAUAGACGGAGUAGCUCCAAAGGCGAUUAUUACUGAUCAAGACAGAGCAGUGAAAAAUGCAAUUGCUAUUGUCUUCCUGGAAACUCGACAUAGAUUUUGCCUAUGGCAUAUACUAAAGAAGGCACCUGAGAAGCUUGGGGCAUAUGCUGCAUAUAAAAGUGGGUUGAAAACUGAGUUGAUGAAAUGUGUAUACGACACACAAACUAUUGAGGAGUUUGAAAAAUGUUGGUCUGUGUUUAUUAAUACAUACGACUUACAUGAAAAUGUGUGGUUGAAAAGUUUAUAUUUGGAGCAUGCGCAUUGGGUACCAGUUUUUCUAAAAGAGCACUUUUGGGCGAGAAUGAGUACCACUCAGUGUAGCGAGAGUAUGAAUGCUUUCUUUGAUGGUUAUGUCCAUUCAAAGACAAACCUAAAAGAGUUUGCCGACCAGUUCGACAAUGCGCUAAAAAGGAAAAUUGAGAAUGAAAAUCAAGCAGAGUUUCUUUCCUUUAGUGGCACCAUUCCCUGCAUAUCUAGAUCGCCAAUUGAAAAGAAAUUUCAGGAGUUGUACACGAACGUAAAAGUUAAGGAAGUUCAACAGCAAGUAAUCGGUGUGCUUGAUUUGGAUCCAUCUUUACAGACAAUGGAUUGUAUAAUGAAGAGUUAUUUGGUAGAAUAUGAAGUUCGUACUCAGGAGUUCACAAAGCAUGUUACAUAUUUUGUAGAUUUUAAUGUCGAUGAUUGCAAUGCAAAGUGUUCAUGUGGUUUAUUUCAGAUGAGGGGGGUACUGUGUAGGCAUAUUUUGGCUGUAUUCAAAUCAAACGGUAUAAAAUUAUUGCCAGAUCGAUACAUUUUAGACCGAUGGCGGAAGGACAUCAAAAGAAGAUACACGUUAAUCCAAUCUAACUAAGAUGCAGGGGAUUAGAGGCCAAAUGAUAAUAGACAAUCAAUUCUUCUGAAUAUGUGUUAUAAGAUGAUAGAUUAUGCGGUGGAAUCUGAUAAGGACUUUGAAGAUGCAAAGAAGAGGAUACAUGAGAUGACUGGAUUAUAUCGUCAGAACCAACGACCCUUAUCUAGAGGCCAAACAGGUUUGAAGGCCACCAAUACAAUUUAUUUUUGUAUUUAUUUCGUAUUUUGUAUUUACAAUUUUGGAUUUACAAUUGCUAUUUAUUUUGUAUUUACACCAAGUGUCGCUAACUUUUUUUAUUAUAUUUUUGCAAUGCAAAGUUUCGGAACCUGGGGUUACAAUACUAGAUGGGGCUAUAGUUGGUAGCUCAUGACAAGUCAAGAGUCCACUUGUUGUCAGAGGAAAAGGAAGACCUCCAUCUCUUAGAAGAACAUUCAGGAUGGAGACAGAAAUGCGGAAGGUUAAAGCCAAACAAAAAAAAGCACAAGUGGGAGGAAAACGCAAAUAGGUGCAUGUUUUAGCAGGGGAUAAUAAAACUGAAAUAUUUUCGUAGUGUGUCAUUAUGAUAAAGUUUCACUUAUUUCUAAUGAUGAGUUAUAACUAUUUACUUCACUUUUAGCGAGAUGAAGGAGAUACAGUAGCUAUGGGCACAUAUAGGAAUUUAUUUGGGCCAUCAGAAGCAGAUAUAACCAAUGACAGACAAUUUACAGUAUCAUGUUUGGAUAUAAGCAGGUUUUUUUUUUUUUUUUUUGAAGGAGGUCAAUAUUUGCAUUGUGAUAAAAUUCACUUAUUUAUUAACAGGUCAUGGAUAGUAGUGGGACCAUGCAAAGUGUUCAGCCUAUGUUCUUUGGUAGUCAAGAAAGUAUUUUUUAUGAUUGGAUGACACACAACCAAAGCUCCCUGGAUGGAGAUGGGUCAAACGCAUGGAUGUAAUGAUUUUGUAUAUUUGAUGUGAGAAUUUUCUUGACGAGAAGGAGGCAAGCUGAUGCAUAUUUUGUACACCACAUGAUGUGGUCUAUUUUUUCCCUUCUGAAUUUUUGGGCAAGUUGACUGUAAUUUGUAUAAGAUGAAAUCCUAUUUUGUAUAUUUGAUCUGAGAAUUUAAGUGGAUGGAAGGGGAGGCAAGCUGAUCAAUAUUUGAUGUCAGAUUCGGAUGUAUAUAUAUAGAUGACAGGAGAAUUUGUGUUUUCUAGGAGGACAUUAUUUGAUGCCAAAUAGAAUAUAUUGGUUAUUUU